CCGCAGUACCCGCUCGUAUCGUUCCGCGGGGAGAGGAAGCGCUCGUAGACCAAUCACGUCUGUGUUUACACCGUCACCUGUCAAACAACUCUGCUACAUUUCUCUCUGAAAGGAGCUGAAACACACACUCACACUGAAGCGCCUUCGGUAGCCGCUAACUGGACGGACUCUCUGGCAAUUGACCUUUUGCAGUGGAAUAAGUCUUGAACCAUGAGCUCAGUGGCUGUGUUGACCCCGGAGAGCUUUGCCGAGCAUCGCAGUGGUCUCAAAGACCAGGAGAUUACAGGUUGCGUCCCGGAGGAUGAGGCCUACAUUCCCACCUACCUGGAGGCCUUCCCUCCGCUGCCGGAGAAAGGGGCUCCAGGGGAAAAGAGCGGGGAGCCGGCUUCGGCAUGGGGGAGCAAGAUCCGUCCCAUCAAGGCCUCUGUUAUCACCCAGGUGUUCCAUGUCCCCCUGGAGGAGCGGCGCUACAAGGAUAACAGCCAGUUUGGGGAAGGAGAGGAGGCCAAGGUGUGCCUUGACAUCAUGCACAGGACUGGAGCACACAUUGAGCUGUCCCUGGCAAAGGACCAGGGCCUAUCCAUCAUGGUUACUGGCAAACUGGAUUCGGUUAUGAAGGCUCGCAAGGAAAUCGUAGCCCGCCUGCAGACGCAGGCCUCCGCUACGGUCGCCAUCCCCAAGGAGCACCACCGUUUUGUCAUCGGUAAGAACGGUGAGAAGCUGCAGGAGCUGGAGCUGAAGACCGCCACCAAGAUUGCUAUUCCGCGACCCGACGACCCCAGCGCCAACAUCCGCAUCACCGGCACCAAGGAGGGCAUUGAGAAGGCUCGCCACGAGAUCCUUCUGAUCUCAGCGGAGCAGGACAAGCGUGCGGUGGAGCGCCUUUCUCUGGAGAAGGCCUUCCACCCCUUCAUCGCCGGCGUCCACAACAGGCUGGUUCAGGAACUGAGCCAGGAGACAGGCGCGCGCAUCAGCAUCCCGCCGCCGAGCCUGCCGAAGGACGAGAUCGUCAUCACCGGAGAGAAGGAAGCUGUCGCUCUGGCCGUCAACCGCAUCCGAGCCAUCUAUGAAGACAAGAAGAGGAAGACCACGACCAUCUCUGUGGAGGUGAAGAAGUCCCAGCACAGGUACAUUAUCGGUCCAAAGGGCAACACUCUGCAGGACAUCCUGGAGGCCACCGGGGUGUCUGUGGAGAUGCCUCCUCUGGACUCUGCCUCAGAGACCAUCAUCCUCAGAGGGGAGCCGGACAAACUGGGACCAGCACUCACACAAGUCUACGCCAAGGCGAAGAGCGUGAUGGUGUUGGAGGUCAGUGCUCCAGCUUGGCUCCAUCGCUUCAUCAUCGGCAAGAAAGGGCAGAACAUCGGGCGGAUCACACAGCAGCUACCGCGGGUUCACAUAGAGUUCACAGACGGCGAAGAGCGCAUCAGUCUGGAGGGGCCGACAGAGGAGGUGGAGCAAGCUCAGGCUCAGAUACAAGAGAUUAUCAACGACCUGCUGGUGAGGAUGGACUACACCGAAGUCAACAUCGAUCAGCGUUUCCACAGACACCUCAUUGGGAAGAACGGAGCCAACAUCAAUCGGAUCAAGGAGCAGUACAAAGUGUCGGUGAGAAUCCCACAGGACUCUGAGAGAAGCAACCUGGUCCGCAUCGAAGGAGACCCUAAAGGAGUGCAGAUGGCCUGCAGAGAGCUCAUUGAGAUGGUCCAGAGAAUGGAAAACGAGCGCACCAAAGACCUGAUCGUGGAGCAGAAGUUCCAUCGGACAAUCAUCGGACAGAAGGGGGAAAAGAUCAAAGAAGUUCGGGACAAGUUUCCUGAGGUCAUUAUUACGUUUCCCGACCCAUCGCAGAAAAGUGACAUCGUCCAGCUGAGAGGGCCCAAGAACGAGGUGGAGAAAUGUGCCAAGUUCCUGCAGAAAAUCAUCGCCGAUCUGAUCGAGAACAGCUUCUCGCUCUCCGUUCCCAUCUUCAAACAGUUCCACAAAAACAUAAUCGGAAAGGGCGGCGCCAACAUCAAAAAGAUCCGUGAGGAGACCAACACUAAGAUCGACCUGCCGAUGGAGAACAGCAACUCUGAGAUGAUCAUCAUCACAGGGAAGAGGAGCAACUGUGAGGCCGCCAGAGAUCGAAUCCUCGCCAUCCAGAGAGACCUGGCCAACAUUAAGGAGGCAGAAGUCAGCAUCCCAGCUAAGCUGCACAACUCUCUGAUCGGCUCCAAAGGCUGCCUUGUGCGCUCCAUCAUGGAGGACUGCGGGGGCGUCCACAUCCACUUCCCUUCUGAGGGAUCCGGUUCAGACAAGGUCACCAUCAGGGGCCCCGCCAGCGAAGUGGAGAAGGCCAAGAAACAGCUGCUGCAGCUGGCAGAAGAGAAGCAAGUCAACAACUUCACAGUGGAGCUGCAGGCCAAACCAGAGUACCACAAGUUUCUGAUCGGGCGAGGCGGGGCCAACAUCCGACGCGUCAGGGACAGGACGGGGGCCCGCAUCAUCUUCCCGUCGCCCGAUGACACCGAGCAGGAGCUGAUCACCAUUGUGGGGAAGGAGGAAGCUGUUCGUCAGGCCCAGAAAGAGCUGGAAAUUCUGGUCAAAAACCUGGAUGACGUAGUGGAGGACAGCAUGGAGGUGGACGUUCGCCACCAUCGCCAUUUCGUAUGUCGCAGAGGCCAGGUCCUGCGGGAGCUGGCGGAGGAGUACGGCGGUGUGGCCGUGAGCUUCCCUCGCACAGGAUCCAACAGCCAGAAGGUCACUUUGAAAGGAGCGAAGGACUGCGUGGAGGCGGCAACAAAACGCAUCCAGGAGAUCAUUGAGGACCUGGAGUCGCAGGUGAGCGUGGAGGUAGCCAUCCCUCAGCGGCACCACCGUGCCAUCAUGGGGCCUAAAGGCAGCCGGAUCCAGCACAUCACCAGGGAGCACGAGGUCCAAAUCAAGUUCCCCGAGAGGGACGACAGUGCUGCUGGUCAGGACGCCUCGCCACAGGAGAACGGCGACGUCAGUCCAGAGGCGGAGUUUGUCCCUCGCAAGUGUGACAUCAUCACAAUCUCUGGACGGGCGGAGAAGUGUGAACUGGCCAAAGCGGCCCUGCUGGCCUUGGUGCCGAUAACUGAGGACGUGGAAGUGUCUUACGAUCUGCACCGCUACAUCAUCGGCCAGAAGGGCAGUGGAAUCAGGAAGCUGAUGGAAGAAUACGAGGUGAACAUCUGGGUGCCGCAGCCCGAAAAACAGCUGGAUGUGAUCAAGGUGACGGGCCUGGCAGCCAACGUAGAGCGUGCCAAACUGGGCGUCCUGGAGAGGGUCAAAGAGCUUCAGGCCGAGCAGGAGGACAGGGCCCUGCGCAGUUUUAGGGUCACCAUGUCUGUAGAUCCAAAGUUUCACCCCAAGAUUAUCGGCCGGAAAGGAGCGGUCAUCUCUCAGAUCAGGAAGGACCAUGAUGUCAGCAUCCAGUUCCCCGACAAAGGAGACGAGCAGCAGGAUCUGAUCGUGAUCUCCGGGUACGAGCGGAACGUGGAGGAGGCCCGUCGGGUCAUCCAGCAGCUGGUGUCUGAGUUGCAGGAGAUGGUGAGCCAGGACGUUCGCUUGGACCCGAGGACUCACGCUCGCAUCAUUGGCGCCCGGGGCAAAGCCAUCCGCAAGCUGAUGGAAGAGUUCAAGGUGGAUAUCCGGUUCCCUCAGCCAGGCUCUGAUGAGCCCGACAAGGUGACAGUUACAGGCCUUCCUGACACUGUGGACGCAGCCAUAGAUCACCUGCUCAAUCUGGAGGAGGAAUACCUGCUCAGUGUGACAGAGACGGAGACCCUGGCGGCGUACAUGAAGCCUCCGUCUCGCUACGGAGGUGGAGCGGGAGGAUUGGAUGACAGCAGCGGGGGUCCGGCUAAGGGCUUUGUGGUGCGGGACGCCCCCUGGAACGCAGCAGGGAACAAGGCUCCUGAUAUGAGCAGCGCUGAGGAUUUCCCCACAUUCGGGACCGGCGUGGCCCCGAAGCAGACGUCGGCCUGGGGGCCCAAGAAGUUCUGAAGCCGCUUGUGUGGAGGAAAACGACAACACAACUCUUGUACAGUAGAGUACGAGACAAGAAACAUAUUUCAAGUUAACUUGCUGCUCGCCUUCCCCCUUAACCCUCGUCUCUUUAGUGUCCCCUUCUCAUGCCAUUCUCUCGCAACCAGCCACAGUGAAUUCUGGGACAACGAGUCUUAUUUGUCUCUCUUAAUGUAGUUCAUUCAACUCCUUCCUUCCUUGAAGGCAGAGAGGGGAAAAAGUCCCUUCACUGCUGUCCAUUAGAACUGCUUCAGUUCCCUCACACUUCCUAAGCAGGACCUUUUCAGGAAGUUGAGUGGUUUGUCCUGUUGCAACAGCUAAACCUUGGAUUUUUAAUCUUAAAUCUGAAGUAAAUGGGAGUCUGUUUUUUAGCGUGAAAAGAGUUUUUAACAAAAUACAAUGUUUUAAGUUUAUUUUCUUCCUCUAGUUUCUCGUUUGCCCACCAAUGUGCUGUAGCAGGUGCGGCAUUGAGGUCAGUGCAUGUUUCGGUGAUUAGAUUUCCUCAUCAGAAACCAGCAAUAAAAACCAAAAAUCUGGUUGUAAAUCUAAAAAAUAUUAAAUUAAAAUACGCGUUUUUUUUUUUUUUUUAAAUAUAACAAAUGGGUGAACCGAAAUUUGUUUUGAUCUUUUUCUCGUAUUUAAUACUAUAAAAACAAUAAAUUAGCAGUCAGUUUUCAUACUCUUCACGCCAUGACAUCACUGCCUAUAUAUGGUAAAAUCUCAGUUUUGGAGCCAUCAAAAACAUUUGUCAGUUUAAAAAAAAAACACAAAAAAAACUUGUCCAAACUCAAAUGUUAGAUGUUUUUUGGUAAAGCUUCUUGUUCCUGCUUGUUUUGUGGGGGAAAAAUACGCCCUUGGGCUGUACAAAAGAAACAGCGCCACCUACAGUCACACUGUAGGAUAUAAACAUACAUUUUAUACUGUUUGCUGGUGAUUUAAAUUUUUUUAUUACUUUACAUAUGAAGAAUUAAAACAAAUGUAAAUUUCUUGUCAUCUCUUUCAAUCACAGAAUAGAAAAUAAAAAGCUUAGAUUUAGCUGUUUUUCGCUUUCAGAAUAUUAUGAAACAUUGUUUCUCUUUGCUGGUAAUUUCAUGUUUUUAUUAUAUCAAAUAUGAAAACACAAUUAAGCCAAAUAUACAUUUCUAUGCGUCUCUUUUUACCAUGAAAAUAAAAUAAAAAGCUUAAAAUAAUUAAAGUAAAAGCUUUUUUUUUUUUUUUUUUUUUUCCAAAAUGGUUAAACAGAAAUUAUAAAUUGGUUCUAUUUGCUCAAUUAAAACGUAAAAUCAUUAGGCUUACGUUAGUAAUAUUUUAAAUAUGACACAUUAGGAAAAAUCUUUUUGCAACGAAGAAAAUAGGUCACAUUUCAGAAUGUGUGUCUUUAUUUUUGUAAUCAUUUUUGUAGUCGCAUGCUGUGAAUUUGUCAUAUUCUGAAAAAUCUUCUAUUUUAAAUAUGGAAAGAAAUUCAAACUACAUAAAACUUUCUGUUGUAUUUUUAAAAAGAAACAGAACAUCAGCCCAUUUUUAAUAUAAAUUAUUCUUUUCUUGGUGAUUUUAGGUUUUUAUUAGUUAGAUUAUGGAAAGAUAAUUAAACCAAAUUUAGACUUCUGCUCAUCUAUGAACCACAAUAAAUAAACAGCCUGUAUUUCAAUUUAAAUAUUUUGUACUUUAUAAAGUUAAAUCAAACAACUAGGUUUCCGUUUGGUUUUGUUUUUUUUGUUGCUGGUUUCUAACAAGGAGAUCCAACAACCAAACCAUGCGUUUACCCGUUAGCUCUGUAUUUGUGUGGUUUGGGAGGUUUUCCACCCAGUCCUGCUGUGUUGAGCCUGUUUAUAUUUCUUUGUAUUUAUUUUCAUCUAGGACUAAAAACUGCUGCUGUACUCUGUUUUUAACCCGUGUUGACUCAAAAGUCCUAUAAACAACAGCUGUUUUGUUUUAUUUAUUUGAAAAAAAGGAGCCAUCUCAUUUGAUCUACUGUGAUCAUCUGUUUUUUAUAUAUAUAUAUCUAUAUAUAAAACGAGAAAAAAAGCAUUCACUGUAGCUUGCGACCUCAUGUCAGAGAGUGGAUAACGUGUGUCAGGGUUCGGGAACAUCUUACCGGUUGCUGUGUCCAAGUGUACAAAGAUCUUUUCGCUAUUUUUUUAAAACUGUGUGGACUUUUUCUUUUUGUUGUUGGUUUCUGGGAUAUUUGAAAGCCUGUAUGUAUGUGCGUGUGGAGGUUAAGAUGUAUAUCUGAAUGAAGCUGAACCAAACGUUUUAACUUUUCUUUUUGUUUGUUUUGGGAUCUGUCCUCAAAGCUCAUUUAAAGAUUUUUUUAUCCCUUGGCUUUUCAUUCGUACUUGCUGCAUAACUCUGAUCUUCCCUCCCAAAAGGGUGAAAAAUGAAACACCUUUUUUUUUCAUUCUUCAAGCCUGUUGAUAACAAUUGGUAGCAAAACAAUUUGCCCCCGAUCUCUGUUCUGGUUUUGAAAUAUAGCUCGUUUCCUGUUGCUUGGAUGAAGAAAGAAUUUGAGUCAGUUUCUCUAAAGCGGUUUUGUGAGCGGAAGAUUUAAAAGAAUAUCUAAACUAUUUUCGGUUUGUGAGAAUUAGAUGGGAGGAUCAACCAAAGGAGCUGGGGCUAGCUUAAUGAGUUAAAGUCAGCUUCCCUGUAGUUUUCUUGGUUAAUAGUUUAGUUUCCAAGCUGCUGUCAGUUUUCUAUUUUUCCAAGUAUGUUGUCUAAAAACUGUUUUUUGUGGGUCUAAAUGUCCUGUCAUGCAUAUAAGGUAUGUAUUUCCUGUAUAGUGCAUGUGUAUUGGGAAGAAGGGUGUAAAAUGACUUUUUUUUUUUUUUUGAAAGUCUCUAUUUUUUCCCAAGUUUUCUUAAUCAGCUGACCAUCUUGGGCUAAACGUUCAAUGCUGUAUACAGUUAUUGAACACCCCCAUGUAAUCAAACAAUAAUUAGCUGAGUUAUAUAUAAAAUAGGACCAACUCCCCUCAGCUGUCAGCCAUUUUAACCAUUCGGUAUGCUGAGGUGAGUGAAUCUUCAUCAUAGCUGACAGAGCGUCUGCUUAGCGUAGCUUGAGAUUAGGUGAGAUGAUUAUUUGGCCUUAUGGUACUUGAAGCUACUAAAACAGCUGGGAACUUUUUGGCCUUUUUUUGCCCCCCAAUAUACAUAACAAUUUGUAAAAUUAUUUAUUUACGGUAAAUCUGUUCGUUCUUCUGCUUUGAUGUGAUUUGUGGGGAUUACAGAUGCUGGUAGGAGAAAAUACUUCUUGGACAUGGCCAAGCUCUUAGCCCACAGAAAUGAUCUUCUCAUCCAAUUCUGACUUAUCUAAAUUGCUUCUCACAAACUAAAUUUGUGGGAAAGGCAGGUCAGAGUAAACAGCUCUGUCAGGAAAUGUCAAAACUCAGGGUCCAAUAAAAAAUAAAAGACAAAUAAAUCCAAGCUGGAGCAAAAAUGACACCAUUCUCAUAAAGCCCUCUAUGCAACCCAGGAAGAUCACAGAGCAGAUGAUCUGUCAGUGAUGCAGAGUCACGUGUCAAGUCUCAGUAGCUCAAAUGUUGUCCAAGUCUGCUUCUUUUUAAUUUAAAUUAAACUUGUGUUGAUCUGUUUGUCCAUUAUGACAGAGCUGCCAAUACGUCUGUAAAAAGCUAUGAAAAUAAUCCCACUAUUGGCCUUAAAGGAGUCAUUUUAGUCCACAACAUUUUGAACAGGUUGUGAUGGAGUGAAACACUGCAAUACCAUGUCAAUGACCCGGCUUUAUUUUUCCUACUUUAAAUAAAAUCUGAAGGAAAACCACACGCAA